GGAGAAUGUCUACAACAACAACAUCAUUACAAGCUUCAGAAAAUUCCCAAGCAAUUCCCCCUCAUUUCUCGACAGAAGCUAUAGACACUAAACCUCCCCCUUCAUUUCUUUUAAUUGACCAAAAGCCUAGAGAAGAUUUAUUAUUAUCCCAACAACAACAACAAACUUCUAAUUUUAUCGAAAAUAAAUUUCAAGAUUCUAAAAAUGUUACGGCUACAAGAAAUGCUUUAUUUGGUGUUGAACAGAGUCCAAAUAAUAAUUUUUUAAUUAACAAUUCCCCUUCUUGUUCAUUAUCUUCUGCAACAACAACCUAUUAUUCAAAUGGGAGUAAUGGAUAUAACACAAACUUUUAUAAUUCAACAACACAUUUUGGACAUUCACAAUUAGCUGAAUUAUAUCAACAACAACAACAACCACAUUUUCUCUAUACAAGUCAACCAGCUAGUUCUCCUGAAGGUUUUCCAAAUGACCGGCCACCUUCAAGUGGUUCUGGCAGAGAAAGUGCCCAAGGUCCAUGUACACGUAUUAUUGAAGGCAGCGAAGUACAUAUUAACGCAAAGGGGAAAAAGACAAGAAAACCUCGAACAAUUUAUUCUUCACAACAAUUACAGGCACUUAAUGAAGCAUUUAAACAGCAUCAAUACCUAGCAUUACCACAAAGAGCAGAACUGGCAGAAAUGCUGAUGUUAUCACAAACACAGGUAAAAAUUUGGUUCCAGAACCGGAGGAGUAAAAGCAAAAAACAGCGUCAUUACGGACACAACAACAGCAACACCAACAGUAUAUGUAAUGGACAACAGAAUUCAACAGAAAUGAGAUUAACAGAAGAAGAAGAAGAAGAAAAUGAUGAAUUAAGUGAAACAAAAACUUUAAUUGAGGGAAGAGGGGGAGGAGGGGGAGGAAAUGACUCCUCAACAUUAUUAAUUAAUUCAACAACAACCCCAUGUCAAUCAUUACCAGGAACUUCUUCUUCUUGUACUCCCCAACAAAUAAAAAAUAAAGAAAUAACAGAAGAAAUAACAAAAAUAAUAAAUGAACAACAACAAAAACAACAACAACAAACAAAUAAACAACAACAACAAUUUAAUAAUUUACCUCAAGAUUCUUUAAUAAAUCAAAAUAAUUGUUGGGAUAAUAAUUCUGUUGCUAAUUUGGGGUUAACAACUGCUGGAAUGAAUGCUGCUUCUAUGCAUGGUUAUAUGCCACCACCUUUCCAUUACCCUCCAACAAUCCCCAACAACAACAACAACAAUUUAAUAGAUCCAUCCCCUUCAAUUGCAGAUUUUCCCCUCCCUGGGAACUUCCCCGCAGCAAUGUCAUAUUUCCAAACCUCUCUAAAUAUCGACCAACAAACUUCAAAAUUAGACCAAUCAACAGCUACGGCAAUUUCUUUAUAUCCUUAUGAUCAUUCUAUAGCUGCUAAUUAUUGCCCUGCAACACUUUAUGCAACACAACAAUUUUUUGCUUCUAACAAUUCUAACCCUUAUUCUCAUAUUGGAAAUAGCCAACAUUUUCAUUAA